GCCGGAGUCUGGUCGUGGGGAAAGUGCUUAGAACCGGUAGAGCACGAGUAGACAACAUCUAGGCCAUCGCUGUGGUCAGCUGGGAGCUGCCACAUUUAUGAAGGAAAGUGGUGCUCUAUCUCUCUCCCCCUCCUGCCUCUGCCUCUGCCUGCAGUGCAUGUGCUGCUCUUCUGUGUCUCGUCUCUGUCGCUGUGUCUUGUGGCUCCUCACCCUCCUCACCCUCCUCCUCUGAUCCUUGGGCCGGCCGGCCUGCCUGCCUGCCUUACUCUGCCUGUGUGCGGCCUUGCGCCCGAUCUACAGAUGUUCUCAAGUCCACGAGAGGGCGACGAAAUCCAUGGGUUCAUGAUCCUUGGUCGGUGAAAAUAGCGAGGCUCCUGCUCUUGCAAAACUGCUGCUGCUGCUGGUGUCGGUCUGGGCAGUCGAGCAGGCUUUUGAGAGGCUAUGUGUUGAUCACGAAAUUGUGCCAGAGGAAGGGGAGCUUGGUUGGGAGCAAGAGAUUAUCUAGGUCGAGAGUGGUGUGGCAUCGUUUUUGAGAUCACGCCAGGCUCGAGCUCUUGGGUCCGCCAGAGGCUGGAAGGAGGACGCCAGAGCAGGACUCGGCAGGCCAACGAGGAGAAGAAGAGUCGCAGUGGACUCGCGGAUCUGUAGAUCGAUCUAGAUUUGUCCGCUUCUGGCUCGUCCUCGGAAGAGGUGGAAUUGCAUCCUCUUCCCAUCGAGUGGAUUUCCAGGGAGGCAUCGAUUCUAGGGUCGGAUUUAGGACCUGGGGUCGGCUGAUUUGGGAACUGGAAAGCCGAGUGAGAGGAGGGGGAGCAGAUUUUGAUCUUCUCCCGAUCUGCCUUGGGCCGAACGAGCACGUAUCGAGAGGGUUCAGAAAGCCGCCCUCGAGGAUUUCGAAAACACAGGAUUGGCUUUGAUAGAGCUAGGAAUGGCUUCUUGUGGCUCUAGUUUGCCAUCGAGUACAGAGUUGGAGUAGAAUUCGAGCUCGAAGUCUGUCGCUCAAGUGGAUCAGCAGAAUCUGUAAACACACCAUCGAUCUGCCAAGUCGAAUAGGGAAGCGCGGUCAUCUGAGAACAUGGGAACCUUGACAGGGCACCUCAUUCCGGCCUUCUUCUUCUUCACCUUCGGAUUGUGGCAUCUGUUCUCGGCAUCCGUCAAUUACCUGAGACAUCCUCGAGAGUACUGCGCGCGAGCAUGGCAACCAGUGCCGUUCGUGUCGGGCAAGCUGAGAAGCCUGGAGCUGUACGUGCUGCUGAUCACCAUCCCCAUGGCCAUCUUCUACGAGCUCGGAAUCUCGACGAGCUUCGAGCCGCUGGAGAACGGCGUCAUCCCCAUCUACCGCAUCGCCAGCUUCCAGCACUCGGUCGUGCUGCUCAUGUUCUGGCUCUUCGCCGCGCUGGUGCUGCUGAGCGAGUCCACGUCAGCCCUGCCGCUGCCAUAUGAGCUGCCGUUCGUGCUGAUCGGGCUGGCGUUCCUGGUGGAGCUGACGGUGAUUGGCCAGGAGGCGGCGCUGAACGCUGGGCUGGAAGGCAAGUGCUACGUGUUGCUGUCGUUCGUCAUCGGGGUGAGCAGCGUGUGCGCGUUCCUGCUGGCGUGGCAGCCGCGGGCCUUCUUCGUGGACUUCGUGUUCUGCCUCUCGCUGCUGCUGCAGGGCAGCUGGCUGUUCCAGACGGGCCUCUCGCUCUACGUGGAGAAUUUCAUCCCCGAGGGCUGCCACCGCCUGCUGGAUCUGCCGGGCGGCGUCAACGGCUCGACGCAGUGCGAUUUGGACGAGGCCAAGCUGCGCGCGCGGGGGCUCAUGGGCUUCGCCUUCAACUGCCACGUCACGCUGGUCGUGCUCUUCGGCGUGCUGGCCUUGGGCAUGGUGGCCCGGCUCCAAGGCUACCGACGUGGCGGCUACGACCCCAUCAGCCUCGACAUGGACAACGACCACAUGCAGCUGAAGCCUCUGGGAAAAUUGAGCUUCGACAAGCGCUAGCCCGACGAUCCCGCCAGUCGAAGAUAGAUUCGUGCGAUCGAUCGAAUUGUCCCCGCGGAAUGGCAAAUUGAGGUUGAGAUUGAGCUGUUUGAUAUCGAAGUACAGGGCGAGGCUUCGUGUCCGAUCCGUCCCUGGUAAAGUGACGACUAUGUGUAUGCCAACAGCUCUGUUCAUGUCAGAAUUCGCGUCGGACUUUUUGCUCAUGUUGCUCUGGGGGGAGGGAAAGUUUGAGUGCUUUUGCUGAAGGAUCUCGACAGCAUUAGAUCCGGGGCAGAGACAUCGGGGCUGGCCAACAGGAUCCAGUUUGACUCGAGAAGUCUGAAUCACUGUCUCAUACUACUUUAGCCGCCUGAGUCUCCGAGUAUCAAGAUACUGCAUCACAUCACGCUUGCGCGAUCAAUGCAACUCCGCGAGCUUCUUGUCGAGUUGGCUAUGGGAAAGUUGUGACCUUGUGAAGCUACUCAUCUCAGUACUGUAGUGGCCUGCCGAGUCGUGUCGGGGCAGACUCCUCAAUAUACUAAUACCAUUUAUUGAAGAGGGAAAAAAAUGCUAACAAGAAUUCAAUGUAGAGGUUCACCUCACAGUUUCAAUUGUUAUCUGUUGCGGAAAUGCCAUUCAAAUUUAAGGUAAUUCAACACUAUGCUCCACGCCUCCAGGGUUUCGACCUGCCUUUCUUCGCAGAUUGAAGCACCGACAACCACACAGACGGACAGAGAGCAAGUUUCUGUUGUGUUUUUGUGUUCUGUAGUUCGUGCCAGGGACACCAGUGAAGUGAUUUCAGACUUUGUAAUGUAUGUUUUCCGGUCGAGACCAUCUUUACUUUGUUAAUAUCGUUUGCACUUGAUAUUCUAUUGGAGUCCAUAAUACUUCUGGAAGUUUUCCUUUGGAGGGCCUCAUCUUGUCAAGCACGUUCAGCCUAAGAAUUUGGAUUCUUC